AUGUUUUACUGCAGCCGGGAGAGGCCUAGAAGUUUGGAUCGUGUCAGGCGGCCCGUAGACAGCAUGGGGCUUCAUCGUCGCAGCUCAUCCCCACUUCUGGUGGGGAUUGGAGUCGUGCUACUGUGGCAAACAUGGCAGAGCCAGCAGCACGUCUUCCUCGCAGAACGGGCGCAGCCGCGUCUUGAGCGCACAGGCGUCGUCCCUGAUUGCCAGGGGAGGGAGAAGGAAUCGCAGCUUUGCAGGCGGAACAUGUUCAUGGUCCUCGCUGCUGGAGCUGGACAGGCGGAGUCAGCUCAGGCUGCGUCCCCCAAAACCAUCCUGGUUGCCGGAGCUACCGGCCAGACCGGCAGGCGGAUCAUCGAAAGGUUGGCCAAAAUGGGUGAUGUGUCGGUGAUCGGCGGAGUGCGAGACACUGCGAAAGCAGAGAAAGAGCUGGGUAAAUCCUCGAUUGCCAUUCGAGGAGCCAUGGUAGACGAGGUCAAGGCAGUUGACACGAAAGGAGUGUCUUUGAAGCCUUUAGACGUCACCAAGGAUUCUGUUGACAAGCUGGCAGAAACUCUGGUUGGCUGCAAUGCACUCAUUAUUGCCACGGGUUUCGUCCCGUCCAAUCCCUUUGCCAUGGGGGCCGAGGCGCAUGCCGUCGAUAACUUGGGAACCAAGGCAUUGGUAGAUGCCGCCAAGAAGUCAGGCGUUAGCAAAAUCGUGCUGGUGUCCUCUAUCUUGACGAAUGGCCGAGCCUGGGGUCAAGAAAACAGCCCGGGUUUCCAAGUAACGAACGCAUUCGGCAACGUGUUGGAUGAAAAGUUGGAGGCAGAGAAAUACCUGCGUGCAUCAGGCAUCGACUACACCAUCGUCCGACCAGGAGGUCUGAAGUCCGCUGCACCGGAGACGAACCUGUUCGUUGGCAAGGAGGACACCCUGAACAGCGGAGAGGUCUCCCGAGAUCUAGUUGCAGAUGUCAGCAUCGCGGCGGUGUUUGACGGCAAGGCUUCCAACAAGGUUGUUGAGAUCAUCGAAGACGACAAAGCGAAGUCACUGUCACAAAGUGGACGGAGAGAUGCAUUGCACCCACCUGACCGCAAGUUCAGGCGUGUGUCGGCCGUCUCGCUUGUGGUCUUGCUGGCGCUGGCGAGGCCCUGGGCAUCCUUUACCAUCGGUCGUCGAGCGGCGUUUCGCCUGGUUCCGCCUGCGCUCGCCGCCGAGGUGAGCAGACCUGACGGCUUCAGCUACACCAUGCUGUCAGCAGGGUCCGACGGCGUCUCACCACGAGAUGGCCCUGUUCGCUCAUAUGCCAAGGUUUGGAUAAAGUUCACCGGUCACGUAGACGGCUUUGACGGGCCGGUGUUCGACUCCUCGGCGCUGCGCGGUGCACGGCGCCCGGUAAAGAAGGAUUAUGUGGAAAUCGAGUGCAAUACCGACGACACAUUCGCUGCGGGCAUGUGGGAGGCGUUACAUUUGAUGAAGGUCGGGGAGAAGGGACGAUUCGUACAACCACCUGGUCUCAGUUUUGGCGGGGGCAAAGCAUCCUUCCAAGGAGACGAGGAUUCCGAGGUGAAGACGGAUGACAUGUCAUGUCGGGAUGCUCGCGCCUGGCACGGCAGCGCGGGAGGAUCGGAGCGGCCUUGUCCCGACCAGCUCAGGUUGGCAAGCUGCUGCGCGACUGCCGCACGACCUGGAGGCGCCGCGCCUGCGGGAUGCUGCGGGAAGCUUGGGAGGGAGGGGGGAAAUGCUCGGCGCAGGAUCCACCUCGAGGGUCCUGGUGGCCCUGCCCGGAUUGAAGUUCGCUCACCGUCUUACGGAGACAAGAAGCUCUUUCGUGGCACCGUGCGUCGAAUCAAGAGUUCUCCUGGGCUUGCAUCGGAUGUACAGGCUUUGGCCAAGCUGCCCCUGCCACGGGCCAACGUGGACUUGACAGGUCAGCUUGCGAGGUUAGAUCCGGAACCAGGAGCCGAUGCAUCCCGGAGCAUCUCAGACUGCAAAAUGUCAGCUGUGGUGUCGACCUCGUGGCAACCGAGGACUUUCCCAUACUUUGUCGGCGACUGCGUCGUUUGCCUCUUCGACAACUGGCCGUGGCCGUCACCCGCCUUCUCCGCAGCACUGACCCGUCGCAUGCCACCAGAGCAAGCAGGAUCAGCGAGCGCGCGGCUCUGGGCAGCCGUGUCCCGGCGGGUCGUCGUCAACUCUGCUCAGCUCCCGCUGUCGUCGCUGGCCUUCGCUUUGCCUCGGCUUCAGAGCCUGGGACACCUGGCCAAGGUCUCCGCUCUCAGCAAGGUGGUCCGAGGCCUGGCCAGACAGGCCCAGUCCUCCUUGCUACCGCGGCAGGUUCGUGCUUACGUGUCCGAGAGUGACGACAAGCAGCAUGUGCAAGGUGCGGACUGCCACGAUGUUGCUGACAAGCACUGGAUAAACGGCAAUCUGCCUUUGGAUGAUGAGUUGCUGCCCAUCGCGAAUCCAAUGUCUGUCCAUCCGCCCUACAAGCGCCACCGCAAAUCUUGGGGUAUCAAUGCCAUGGGCAGCAUGGUUGUGGAGGUGGAAGCCGAAGAUGGCACCACCGGCGUCGGCGUGACCAUUGGUGGUGAAGCGGGAUGCUACAUCGUCGAGCACCAUCUCAGCCGCUUCAUUGAGGGCCAGGACCCGCGAAAUGUUGAGCUCAUGUGGGACCAGAUGUUCCGUGCUACGGUGAACUACGGCCGCAAAGGCCUGCCUUUGCAAGCGAUCUCGGCUGUCGAUCUAGCUCUCUGGGAUCUUCUGGGAAAGCUUCGCCAUGAACCGGUCUACAUGCUCUUAGGCGGGGCUACAAAGCCCUUCCUCCCCAUGUACACCACAACUUCGCGACCAGAUGUUGGGAAGCAGCUCGGCUUCGUCGGCUGCAAAGUCCCAUGCCCCUUCGGACCGGCUGAUGGGCACGAAGGCUUCGCGAAGAAUGUCAAAUACCUGAAGAAGUGCCGGCAGGAUGUUGGCGAGGGGUUCCCGCUCAUGCUGGACUGCUACAUGGCGCUGUCAGUGCCCUACAGCAUCUCGCUUGCGCGGCGAAUCUCAGAACCGGAUCUGCAUUUCACUUGGAUGGAGGAGUUCCUUCCGCCAGACUGCUAUGACGGCUACGAGGAUGUCAUGAAGGCAGUUGGAAACUUGGGCCUGAUGCUGACAACAGGUGAGCAUGAGUAUACCCGCUGGGGUUUCAAGCAGCUGAUUGACAGGAUCUCAGCAGCACGCCAGUCGAGCGGCUUCGUGGCCAAGCGCAUAGAGCCAAAAGACACUGCCGACGUGGCCGACAAUGCGGAGGCACUGGCAGCCUCGCGGGAAGCUGCGCAGGUGUUGGUGCUUCCUCUGUUGUCGUUGGAGUCCAGCUUGGUAGAGCCAAUGCUGAGCAGAGCCUUGCCGCGAAGUUUCUCGUCAGCGGAGCUGCCACUUCGACACGGUGCCACGAAGCGCAGUCUUUUUGAGGCAGAGCUGGACCAAUCUCCCAAGAUGCGUGGCACUUUUCGGGUCAUCAUGGUCUCGCAUAAGAAGAAGGCGAAGGUGGAGAGCAUGAACAAGUUCGCAUUUCUGUUGACAGACAGAUGUGACUGCAGCCUCUACAGCCUUGCGCAAGCGACCUCUUUCAAGGAAUCCGAAGCCAGCUUUGCUAUCCAUUCGGCUCUCCGUGGUCUUGAGCACCUGCACGCUCUCGGAAUGGUGCACCGGGACGUGAAGGAUGCCAACAUCAUGGUGCAAGAUGCAGGACGCCGAGUGGUGUUGGCGGAUUUCGACUUGGCAGCCUACCUCCCAAAAGGUGCAGAGACAACAAAAUGGACAUGUGGAACGCCUGGAUUUCUGGCUCCAGAAGUCUACAGCAAAGCAGAGGCUGGAGCGAAGGCCGAUAUCUUCUCCUUGGGUGUGGUGCUCUACUACCUCUUGACGCAGAGUCAUGCUUUCCUUCGGGAUUCGCCGCUUGAAACCGAGAUCGCCACCAAGAGCAGCAGGCUGCCAGUUGACGCCGACCUGCUUCGUGUCUUCCGUAGCGAGGAUGCAUGCGGCCUGGUGUUCUGGCUGCUUGAGCCCUUGGUGGAAAACCGUGCUUCCGCUUCGGAAGCAUUAGAAAGCGAGUGGUUCUUCUUUCAAGACUCGGGUGGUCUUUCCCGGCUUCUGAAGCAGAAGCUCCCAAGGAAUUCGUUGCUUCAGCGGUCAGACCCGGACUCUUCAACGUGCGAGUCGUCCUCUAUGGCGGUGUCCAAGCGGGCAUCCUUGCCAGUUCCCGGUGCCAAGCACAAGAAGGUGAAGAAAGCAUUCCUGGAUCCGCCAGCGUCGCCGGAGCCCAGGUCCUCAUUCGGUAUGUUCAAAUCUCUGAGUUCAUCAGCUCGACGAGCAAUCUCGACGGCUUCUAGUGCGCUGACAGCGCUGGUUGGCAACAACAAGGCCAAGCAAGCAAGGGUUCAUCAGGAUCCUGACUUUGAUGCGAUAUUCGUGCCCUGA